AUGAACAACCCCCAUUUGAAAAGAGGAGUUCAACAUCAGCUUCACAAUGAGCUCAAGCUUGAUUCUAUUACUCAGAAAAUCCAAGAGUUGCCUAUAGAGAAGAAAGCUAAGCGUAAAAGAGUAAUAAACCCAAAUUUGGUAUCAAAAAGAGACUGUAAAUUACAAUUCUGAACAAGGAUUAAAGACAAUCAGAAAUUUCAUGACAGAGCUUGUAAAGCUAAUACAAAAAAUAGAGCACUCUCUAAAAAACACGAAAGAAAAGAAUUCUUAACCAGAGUUCCAGACUUAGAUAUUGUAGCCAAAAAUACUUCCAGAGCUGUAACACAAAGAAAUAGUUCGAUUGAAAAAUCUAAUCCAAGACUAACAAAGCUAGUUCAAAAUCAGGAAGCAAUAGUAGGAAGUUGGACACAAAAUACUAAUAUUAAUACAAUUAGUAAUUCAAAUAUAAAGAAACUUGGUGAAAAACUGACUGCUUGUAAACUACCAAGUAAAAUUCCAAGAAUCACUCGCCCUUCAAACAAUACCAACACUUAUUCCAGUAAAACAAAGAGGAGAGAAAGUGGAUCCAUGGAAAACAAAUUUAUCCCCGUUCAUUUUGAAAGAUCGAACACUCAAGAGAAGUUAAAUCAGAAUCUAUUCUCUCCUAGCACUAGAAUGGUUAAUGGAGACAACAACUCUGAACAAAACUUUAAUGAAAGCUUAGCUGAGGCUAACAACGAAAUAUCUAUCUUAAGGAAUGAACUCAAAAAGAAGAACGAUGAAUUGGUGAAGCUUAAAAAGUUGACUAAAAUUAAAGAUUACCCUAAAGCCCCUGUGUACCAAACUGACAACAACAAAAUCAUCAAAGGCUUCUCAGCCAAAGAGAAAAGAAGAGCCAGAUCUCGCUUAACAAAGGUAAAUGGUGAAUAUAACAAAGCUACUUUUGAUGAGCCUAUUUUACAGUCUGAUGAAUACUAUGAAACUACUAAAGUUUCUCCUAAAUCAUCUUAUAAUAACAAUAUUUAUUCAAAAGGGAUUCCAAAGAUUAAGUCAAGCCAAAGCUGAAGAAAUAUUGAGCAAGAGAACGUCACUCCGUCUUUACACAACCAAAUGAACUUAUGAGCAGUCAAAGAGAGUGAAGAAGAACAAAUGGCUGACACCUUUACAAAACUCAACCUUAAACUCUCUCAGCCAACCCAAAAAGAACUUAAAAACUCCCCGAAGAAAAAUUCAAAAUUUCAAAAUAAUAUUGCCAAAAAUGUUUCAAAGAAGUCCCAACUUAACUUGCAAAUAAAUACUAACCAUAAACAGAGCACCAAGGCUGAUUCAGAGACUGAAAAUAUAGAAGUGAUAACCCUGAACAAGAAUGAAGACACCUCAAAUCGUCCUAAACUUAAUUUAAACAUUAACCUACCCAACAUUAAGAGGAAGGGACAAAUCAAAUUUGAUCAUAAUCUGAUAGGCUUUCAUCCAAAAUCUCUAUCAAAUAAAGGAGCUCUUCAAAUUCAGAGAUCUAAGCUAAAACUGAAGGCAAAAGAAAGCACAAAAGAAACUGUAAACUCAUCUCAAAAGAACAACCUCAUUGAUAUACCCAAGAAGUAUAAGUAUAGAAGAAAAAGACUAGAUAAUGAUAUUCAAAGCAUUGCAAACUCAGGAGGCGCACAAUUUCAGAAGAAUACUUUAAACUGCCCUCCCACAUUUCAUACAAAAAGUGGCCCUAUCCAAUCCAAUGAAAUGCUUCAGCCAAAGACAAAUCAGAAUAAACAUUUAACUCACAAUGGAAAACUAAAAGUGAUGGACUAUCGUUUGAAAGGAGUAAGCUCUCCAAUCAAUACAAAUAAAAAUUCUCCCUCAAUUGGGUUUGGCAAAAUUACCUCAGCAAUGCAAGAAUCAGCCUCUAGAAUUUUGACAAGCAGGCAGGCAAGUUCAAGAUGAAGCUUAAAGCCAAUCGAAAAAACUGUCCCUAAGAAAGCUCUUAAGAUCAGCAAGACAUCUAUUAAAUUAGCUAAAUCAACAAGUUCAACAAAACUAGUUGACAAUAAAGCUAUCAAGACAAGGCUCCAACUCAUAAAUUUUGAAGACGAAGAUGACCAAAUAGACCAUGAUAGAGAGCUCAAAAGAAAGGAGGCCAAAGUAAUACUUGACAUCAGUGCAUUCUCUACAUCGCAAGAAAACUAUACGGAAGACAAGAAGGAAAGUUCAUUUACUCAAGAAAAUGCUAAUAAUAAGUUUUUAAGCACUGACAAUAAACUACAAAAAUCAAUUUUACUAAAUAAAGCCUUAAAUUCUAACAAAAUUGAAACUGAUGAUGAGGAAGCUCAACAGUAUAUGCUCUGUCAGCCCACACAUUACAUGCUAGAUCAUCCGAUGUACCAAGAGGCUCAAACAGAUGAACAUAAAGAUUAUGACAAGCAUGACAAAAGAAGUUUAGAGCACUGAUUUAUGAGCAAGAAGGAUAGAAUGAGACAAGCCAAGACUAAAAUUGUCAAUGAUGCAGAUGAUAUUUGAAACCUCCAGGAUAGUCAAAGUGAAGUAUCUCUGAACGAAACACUAGAGUUCCAACCUGCUAAUCAUGCCGGUGAACCUUUAUAAUAAGUUUUUUUUUAUUUCCUAAAAUGGUAGUUAUAUUA